UUUUCAGCAAACGUAAAUAUCAUUUAUACGGUUAUUUUGUUUUUACCAUUCUGCUCCAUAACAAUUCUGCUCCAUAGAAACCACAGCAAACGUAUUCUUCUUCAUUCUUUGUUAUUCUGCAACGCUUCAAGAAUUAAAUAUCAGAAAAUGGAAAUAGGAAAUAAGGUUUACCUAAAUAACAUUGACCAGAUAGAUGAAAAAUCGCAUAUCAAGGUUCGGGUGCUUAAAAUUUGGAACUUUGUCAGAAAUAAUAAAGUUUGUUCCAUUGAAAUGAUCAUCAUGGAUGAGGAGGGUACACAAUACCAAGCUCGUGUCUUCAAUCAGAAUUUCUCUAGAUUUCGUCAUCUUUUAAAGGAAGAUGAAAGUUAUAUAGUUAUAAAACCCAAUAUGGCUGCUGUUACUAAUGGUUUUAGUUAUACAGGUCUUGGUGAAGCUAAAAGUCAUUUUGAAGUAACGAAAUUAUUCAUAAAUUCUGACAUUUAUGAAAUAAAUGAGUUUAAAAAUAAGUUAAAAUGUCAUGACAAUUUCGGUAUAACUGAAAAAAGCAUAACUACACUUCAAAGCUACUCUUCUUCAUAUACAGAUGACUUUAAGGGCAAUUUUCCAUUAAAAACAAUCUGUGACAUCACCGAACCAAUUAAGGGAAGCAAGGAGUUGUUAAAUAUAAGUGCCUACGAGUUGAAAAAGAUACAUGAUGCGGCCGGAGACAGUGAUGCCCCAUUUCCAAUGCAACUUAACGUGUUGAAAAACCGCAAGUUUGGUUUUGUUGUAGAUAUUACAGAAUACAAUGUCAACAACUAUAAUAACAUCUACACAGUUCUCAGAGUUACAGAAGAUAUGUCCAUUGUUUGUGAAUUGGAAAGUAAAAUAGAACUUAUGAGUAUUCAAUCUGUCUCCUUAAAUCAAGUUGCUUUGGAAUCCGAUGAUGUUGUACAGCCUGUUCAAAAGGAUGUGAUCUCACAAACAGACGAAAGUUUUACACCAUCAACAGUUGAUAAGUCAACCGCAACAAGUCCUUGCAAAAUAUCAGGUGAUUUGAAGCGCAACCUCCAAGAAAUUUAUGAUGUUGAUUCUGGAUAUGAUUUAAGUUCAACUAAGGCUAAAAGAAAGUCAACCGCAGAGGAAACUCCACUCUUGAUUCCAAAAAUUGAAAAGUGA